CCCAGGAUGUCCAUGCUUGCAGAGCCCCGGAGGAAACAGAAGUGGUCAGUUGACCCCAGGAACAGCUCCUGGAGUAAUGAUGACUCCAAAUUUGGCCAGAAGAUGUUGGAACGUAUGGGCUGGUCCAAAGGCAAGGGCCUGGGCAGAACUGAGCAAGGCUCCACCGAACACAUAAAAGUAAAAGUUAAAAACAACAGCUAUGGUCUUGGAACAAGUGUCAGCCAUGAGGAUAACUGGAUUGCCCACCAAGAUGAUUUUAAUGAGCUUCUUGCGCAGCUGAACAACUGCCAUGGCCAAAGCAACAAUACCGAACCUCCUCCAGAAGAGCAGAAAGGCUUCAGCCUGGAAGAGAAGUCCAAGACCUCCAAAAAGAGGGUCCAUUACAUGAAAUUCACUAAAGGGAAAGACCUGUCCUCCCGGAGCAAAACAGACCUUGACUGUAUCUUUGGGAAGAGAGCAAGAUCUGCCACAGAACCAGAGCAGGAGAGCAACAGCAGUGAUUCUCAGGGAGAGAAGGACAAUGUCACUAUUGCCCCCACUGAAAUCGAAACCGAGAAAAUCGCCAACACUGUGACGAGUACUCUCACUAUGCAGGAGUAUUUUGCUCAGCGAAUGGCUCAGUUGAAGAAGGCUCGAGGCCAGACCCAGAGUACAGAGACCAAUGAGAUAUCAGGUCCAUCCAAGGAACCGAGUCUCAUCCACGGUGCCAAUGAAAACACAGAAGAGCCCAAAAAGAAGAAGAAGAAGAAGAAGAAGGCCAAAAAGGAUGAAGAUGAGAUGGAAGGUGAAGUGGUCGAAGCAAAAUGUACAGCUCCCAUCGUAGUGGAAGUUGACGAGGAGCAGGAGCCUUUAAAGAAAAAGAAGAAGAAAAAGAGAAAAGCUGUAGAAAACGAAGGAGGUUUAAAUGAGAACUGUAGCUCCACCUCUGGUGUUGAGCAGGACUGUGAGGAGAUGCCUCCCUACAAGAAGAAAAAGCUGAAAAAACACACAAAGGAAACUGAGCUAAUAGACGGACUAAAUGGGGUAACUGACGAUCAAACUGUAGAAUCUGAGGUCGUACACAAAAAGAAGAAGAAAUCCAGAGAGGAGGUACAUGAUGUUGUAGAAGAGGACAAAGAGGAGCUAGUAGUGAAGAAAUCCAAAAAGGACAAGAAAAAGAAACAUAAAAAUUAGGGUGGAAAUGAUAAAGUCUUCUGGUUCUUUAGGGGGCAGGAGGACUUAUAUUAUCCUGUUAUCAUGCAGAUGAUCGUGGAGGCACGCGUAUGGAGUAAAUGCCUUCAUGAGCUAAUUAAAUGUCUUGUAAAUAUACCACUUAAUAAUUUGUUAAUUACGGUCACUUUGCUACAGUGAGGACAAAAGAUAGAUUGCACAUUUGAUCACAUUACAACCUUGAAGCUGCCCUUUAAAACCAUUUGUUUUAUUCUCUUUGGCAGAUGGUAAAUGCCUUGCCUUAAAGAAAUAGCUUGACAUUUUGGGAAAAACGCUCAUUCACUUUCUUGCCAAGAGUUGAUACUACUGUAGGUGUGAAUGUUAAAUAUGAAGCUAGCAGUCAGUUACCUUAGCUUAGCACAAAGACUGGAAACAAGUGGAAACAGCUAGCAAGGCUCUGCUUAAAGAUAACAAAAUCUAGGUAUCAGCACCUCUAAAGCUCACUUACAAUAUAUAACAAUACAUAACAUCUUGUUGUUAGUGUAAGGUUGCCAGGCAAGCUGUAGACUUCACAAAAUUACUGCAAAAACAUAGUCCAGCAAAAACCACAAUGUGUCACUUCAAUGGUUUGGUUUUUGUACGGAUUAAACAAACCAGAUAUAAUGUGAUAAUUAGUAAGUUUUACAGGUGCGUCCAGGCAGAUUGUUACCUUUGGACAGAGCCAUGCUAGCUCUUUCCCUUGGCCUUAAUGCUUAGUUCAGCUAACCUCUGCUACCUAAAGCUUUAUAUUGACUGUUCUCAUCAAGAAACAAUCAACAUAUUUUCCAGAAUAUUAAACUAUUUCCUUGAUCAAUUAGAUGAAACAGUCUCUUUCUAUGUGGCUGUCUCCACCAUGUGUAAAAUGUAUUAAGAGAUACCAUAAAUUGACACCUCUUUAACCAAGCCUAUUUUUCAUCAUAUUUGAAUAAUUAGAUGAGACUGAUGUGCUGAAAUCUUUCAAAAUGAAACCAACCAAUUUGGGGGGGGGGUGGGAAUUCUUUGUAACCAACAAACCAAAAUACAUUUUUGCAGAUACCCACUUUUGUUACAAUCUCAUUACAUGCAUUAACAUUACUAUUUAUUAAAAACAUGUCACAGAAGAUUGUACUUUUUAAUCAAUUACUUUUAACUAUCUGUUAAAUUCUGUAUAUCUCCUUGUAAAAUAAAACCAAUCAUAUUAAUGUUCAUCAAACUGAUCAUAUGAAAAAGCAACAGCACACAGAAAUCAAUCCUCUUUGGUGUUAUAUAACUUGAUACAUGAACAUGAUGUAAUCUGACUAUUUUUUGGUCAUAAAUCUGGAAAACACUUGUCUGACAUCCAUGAGCUGUAGAAAAUCAGGCAAAUGUUGGUUCUUUACCUGGAACAAAUCCUUUUUUUAAAUAAACCUAAAUGUUCAAGCAUG